AUGCCAGAAACAAGCAUUACGGAAAUAACGGUAGAAAAAACACCAGCAUAUUUUGUAAGCAAAACCGCUCCUGGACGAAUUCGCAGUUUGAAUUCAACAAUUAAAUUGAUUAUUGUUGUGCGAAAUCCGAUUACCAGAGCUAUAUCAGAUUAUACGCAAGCAAUCAGUAAAAAGAGACGAAAUACUCUAAUGCCAAGUUUUGAAGAAAUGGUACUAGGCAACAAUUCAUCUAAUACAACUGGUAUGAAAAAUGGCGUGAAUGCUUCAUGGGGUGCAAUCCGAAUUGGAAUUUAUCAUAGACAUAUUCGAAGAUGGCUUCAGCAUUUUCCACUUCAUCAGAUUCAUUUCGUAGAUGGCGAACGACUGAUUACAAAUCCUGCCGCUGAAAUUUAUGCUGUUGAACGAUUCCUAACUGUUAAACCAGUUGUUCGACAAUCAAAUUUUGCUACGGAUCCAUUAAAAGGUUUCCCAUGUGUAUUACGAAAAGAUGAUACUUUGCACUGUCUCGGGAAAACAAAAGGUCGAGCUCAUCCACAUAUUAAACUUCAUCAUCAAUACACCUUUCAUGUCUCGACUCCACAGCGACAUGUUGACACAAUAGUUUCGCAUUAUGCACCCGAUUAUAGUGUUCGGGCCGUGUUUUGUUCGCAGUAUAAGGACGCGUUCGGAUGGACGGCUUUCUUUGGAUUUGGUCAAGCUGCGGAAAUUUCGAUCAAAUUGGAUGAUGCAGAUAAUAGGAAAGUAGCUAAAAUACGAUGUGAAGAAGGAGGUCAAGAAACCCAUUUCCUGUUUUAUGAUGGUGAAACAAUAUCUGGUACAGUUGGGGUUGCUGUGAAGAAAAAAUUUGAUCAUCAAGGAAUAAGAAUUGAAUUUAUUGGACAAAUCGGUGCAUUGUUGUCUCAUAGCUUUGUUUUAUUUUAUACAGUUAUCUUUUUGCAGCAAUUGGCUGAGCUAAAUUAUGAUCGUGGUAAUCAGCAUGAUUUUAUAACAUUAAUGAAGGAGUUGGCUCGUCCAGGGGAACUGACGCAAAAUGCGGUUUUUCGGUUUGAAUUUCCAAAAGUUGAAAAACCAUAUGAAUCAUAUGUUGGUGCAAAUGUGAAAUUGCGCUACUUUCUAAGAGUGGUUAUUGUGCGAAGGUUAACAGAUAUAAUACGUGAAAUGGAUGUUAUCGUGCAUACGCUUUCUUCGUAUCCAGAUACAAAUAAUAGUAUCAAAAUGGAAGUUGGUAUUGAGGAUUCUUUGCAUAUUGAAUUCGAAUAUAAUCGUUCCAAAUAUCACUUAAAAGAUGUGAUUGUUGGAAAGAUAUAUUUCUUAUUAGUUCGGAUCAAAAUUAAAUUUAUGGAAAUUGCAAUAAUCAAACGAGAAACAGUAGGGAAUUCGCCAAAUAUUUUCAACGAGAAUGAAACAAUAGCAAAAUACGAAAUAAUGGAUGGUGCACCCGUGAGAGGUGAAUCAAUUCCAAUACGUCUUUUUCUUGCUGGUUAUGAUUUGACACCAACAAUGCGUGAUGUUGGUAAAAAAUUCUCAGUUCGCUAUUAUUUAAACCUCGUUUUGGUUGAUGAAGAAGAUCGUCGUUACUUCAAGCAGCAGGAGAUGACAUUAUGGCGUAAAGCUGACAAGAUAAGUCGGCACAUUUCGGUAGAAAAUAUAUCUGGAACAAAAGCCAAUGGAGAAGCGGCGACAGCGGCAGCAAUGCAGCACACGAAGAUUGAAGCUGGCAAGUGA